AUGGUCAAUCUCCAGUCUGAAAAACACAUCGAUGAACCAGCAUUCAAGCGGCAAAAGAUCUCACAAGCUACGGCGAAGGACAUUAAGCCACAAUGCAACGAUUACUGCUUGUACGAGUUAAUAGAAGCUCUUCAAAGCAAAGACUCGGAACCCAGCCGCAUAAAGACACAAUCUGACCGUGAAGCUGUAGUUGGUAUCCAUCACUACGUAAACCCUUCUCGCAUUGGGUUCUCCGGCUUACUAAAGAAAAGAUACACCGACUUUAUUGUCAAUGAAAUAGCGCUUGACGGUACAGUUCACCAUUUAACUGAUAUAAAAACGUUUGUUCCUGAAGAUCCAAUAAGCAAAGGUAAUGAAACGGAAAGCAUUUCAGUACAACUUAAACCCCAGCAAUCUAACUCUUUUCCGGAACAUCAUCCAUUAUCAGGAUCAGGCGAAAGCAAACAGACGGAGACUACUACUUCAAAUAUCGCGAAUGUAUCAGAGACCCAAACCUCAGGUGUUUCUGUCGAACAACCAUCCUAUACCGAUGAGGAUCUAUCUCAUCUUAAUGAACUCGUUGGCUCGGAAACUACCGAUGAGAUUUUAAAACUUGAUCAACGAAUUCUCGCAAAGCCUGGUGCAAAGGCUAAAGUUGUCGGUCAUGUCCUGACACCUCCUAUAACUGAUCGCCAAAUUAGAUCCAAACUCCAUCAAUCGCUACGUCGUAUUUUCCAGAGCCGCUUUGAGAGCUCUUUUGACGGCGAAAGCAAAGGUAUUCGAAUUAUUCCUGCUUCAAAAUCAAAUCGAUGUAACCCAGACAAAAGAAGAGAAAAUCGCGACAGUGAAAAACAACUCAAAGGCAAAAUUGGAUGGGAGGAAAGAGGCGGUGAAUAUCUUCAUUUUACUCUUUUCAAACAGGAUAGAGAUACUAUGGAAGUAAUUUCUCAGAUAGCUCGGUUCCUUAAAGUCAAACCCAAUGUGUUUUCCUAUGCGGGUACAAAAGAUCGUCGAGCUGUAACUACUCAGCGUGUUAGCUCUUAUAGGCUCACUCCUAAAGCCCUUUCAAAAGUUAAUAAUAAUGUAUACAACAUAUCUGUCGGCAACUUUAAGUACGAAAAGCAACCUUUAGAGCUGGGCGAAUUAAAAGGAAAUCGGUUCACAAUUUCACUUCGUGAAGUCCGAAUUGAUGGCUAUAAUGAAAAGGACAUUGUAGAACUUCAUAAGAAAGUCAGACAAAUUGUGGGUGCCGCUUGUAAUAGUGUUGCAUCUUCCGGAUUCAUCAAUUACUACGGUCUACAACGCUUUGGCACCUUCGAGAUAGGAACACACAUCAUUGGGCGAUUAAUUUUGCAAGGCAAUUUUCCCCAGGCAGUCAGUAGUAUUCUGCACUGUAGCUCCGACUCGUGGAACCAGGCUAUUCAAGGUUCAGGAGACUCUAAUGACGGAAAAUCUUUGGGUAAGGAUGAGCUGAAUCGGGCAAAAUCAAUUAAGGGCUUCAUCCGUGGCGAAAUAAAACUAGAAGAGACUCUGAACAAUCUCCCGCGUCGAUUUACCGCUGAACGUAAUAUUUUACAGCACUUAAAGGAUCGGAAAUCUCGAGAUUUUCUAGGCGCUCUUCUUAGCGUGCCUAGAAACCUAAGGUUGAUGUACGUUCAUGCUUAUCAAUCAUAUAUUUGGAACUUAGUGGCUAGUGAGAGAUGGGCUCGAUACGGAAGCCAAGUUGUCGCAGGUGACCUUGUUCUGGUUGAUCUACCGAAAAAUAAUCCCUCAAACGAAGCAAAAUAUGAUGAGAGUGGCGAGAUUAUAGUUCGACCUGCGGCUCAUGAUAUAUGCCUUACCCGGGACGCUAUUUAUGAGCGCGCUCGACCUCUUUCAUCUGAUGAUAUUUCAACCCAGAAAUACAACAUUUUUGAUAUAGUUUUGCCUCUUCCAGGGUUUGAUGUAGAGUACCCUGCCAAUGACAUUGGAGACUAUUAUAAAACUUUGAUGGGUAGCGAAGAGGGUGGUGGCCUCGACCCGGCCGACAUGCGACGAAAGCAAAAAGAUUUUAGUCUCAGUGGUAGUUAUCGUAAAUUAUUGGCCCAUGUCAAUUAUAUUCAAUUUUCAAGUAAAAUUUAUCAUGAUGGAAAUGAGCAGCUUGCUGCUACCGAUAUGGAUAAAUUAUCAGAAAGAUGCAAAGAUGACAAAAAUCUUGAAGUCAAAAAACUUAGCUGUCCAACUCAAGAACAUACUACUCCGGAUGGUGCUAGAAUAAAGUUGUCUCGUACUUCCUUUAACCCAAGCUCAUGUAGUAUGUUGGAAUCUUCGGAUAAAGUAGGGGCACUAAGUUCAGACCAAACAACAUUAACCUCGCAGGACACUCCUACGAUCAGUCCUCAUUCUGAAUCCAAAAAGUUGGUCGAAGCCCCUCAAAACGAUUUACUAGCAUCAUCCAAUAUGACUGCCGAAUACUUAGCAGCAGAAUUAGCACCAAGAGCUACAGUAGAAGGCACCAAUCUUGGAAUUAUACUCGAAUUUGAUCUUUCAUCAAGUCAGUAUGCUACGAUGCUUUUGCGCGAGAUAAUGGGAUCCGAUAACGUCCAUCAUUUUCAGCCUGACUUUGGACCUAACAAGAAGCUAUAA